AUGAUGAUCUACCCGAUUGCUGGAAAGGCAAUAUUUCUUGAGCUUACCGAAGCUCGUUUCUAUGCAGCUCAAAUUUUCUGUGUGGAUUGUCUCGAUAAUCUCAAUAUUUUGUACGGCAGAUUGAAACCGCAGAAUGUUUUCAUUGACCUCACCGACUAUCUCUUCCUCGGUGAAUUUGAUCUUUAUGUCCGUAAUACAUCUGGUAAUCGAUCUCCUUGGCCGCAGCCUCCAUAUGGCAAUGUUAAAAAACUUGAUCAGCAGUAUGUCGAUGAUUGUUUGACCCUAGAUUUACUGGCCAUACAAGGCAAUGGUAGUAUGUCGAUGAUUGUUUGA